CCGAAGGCUCACCAGUGCAUGAGAGCACUAGCUGCGGGCAGUUUUUUUUAUACUCAUUUGCCAUACUGUUACUAAAGGUUAAGUAACUAACAACUGUUCGACAAAGUGGUGUUUUACAAUCGCUGAACUGAACUAGUUAUCUGCAGAUCGGCAGAUCUUGAAAGGCCUUUAACCAACCACCGAUCAGUCGUGAUCGUGUCGUGCAGUAACUGGAACGUGAUUUCGGAAAGUGUCAUUCAUCAGCGGUCAAUUGUGCAAAGGAGAAUGCCCAUCAGGAUUUCCACGGACGAGAAAUUGUUUUGCUAGAAGUGUGUGAUAAAUCAGUCAACGCGUGGCGAAAAGUUUCCGUUGAAUCCAGUCCAAUUGACGCAAUGAACAAGCUAAUAAAUUCUGCCGCGCCAUCACUGUUCCGUUCGGUAAGCAGCAUUAAGAAGAUGCCUUGCCCAUUCCUGACCCGUCUGAGCACCAGCUACGUGCGUAACUACGGUCCGGCACUGUUGAAAGCCUACGGUUCCCAGUGUCCGGUAGUUGCCCGUACGAUUUCGACGUUGCAGCAGAAUCCACCGACGGCCGGUGAGGUUGCUGCAUCCGCCGGCACUAGGAAGGAACCGAUUGCCGCCGCCAAGCAGGAAACGAAAACGCAAAACCGUAAUCUGAGCUCGCUCCAGCAGCCAAAGGCCAAGGAGGACGAUAAGAAGUGUCCCUUCCUAAGCUCGGCUGCUCCGCAGCUCAAGGAGCUCGGUCAAGAGAGCGUAGAUGUUCCCGAUAACCGUACCUUCCCGUACGAGGAGUUUUUCCAUGAGCAAAUCAUGCGCAAGAAGAAAGAUCACUCUUACCGUGUGUUCAAAAAGGUGAACCGUUUGGCUGAGGAAGGUAAAUUUCCUCAAGCGUUGGAAUAUUCGUGGGGAGAAAGACCGAUUACCGUUUGGUGCUCUAAUGACUAUCUCGGAAUGUCAUGUCAUCCGGAUGUGAAGAAAGCAGUUGCUAAUGCGCUUGAGACCUACGGAGCCGGUGCUGGUGGAACCAGAAACAUAUCCGGAAACUCAUUGAAUCACGAGAAUCUUGAAAAACGUUUGGCCGAACUGCAUCAAAAGGAAGGAGCUUUACUGUUCACCUCGUGCUUCGUGGCCAACGAUUCGACUCUCUUUACGCUAGCCAAAGCGCUGCCAGGUUGUCAAAUCUUUUCCGAUGCUGGAAACCAUGCUUCGAUGAUUCAAGGAAUUCGGAACAGUGGUGUGCCGAAGCACAUUUUCCGACAUAAUGACCCCGUUCAUCUGCGAGAAACCUUGUCGAAAGUGGACAAAUCGUUACCAAAAAUUGUUGCAUUUGAAACGGUGCAUUCGAUGACAGGGGCGAUAUGUCCUCUGGAAGAACUGUGCGAUGUGGCUCAUGAGUACGGAGCUUUGACCUUUGUUGAUGAAGUCCACGCAGUCGGUUUAUACGGAAAGCAUGGAGCUGGAGUAGGCGAAAGAGAGGGCGUACUGCAUAAAAUGGACAUCAUCUCCGGCACCCUUGGCAAGGCAUUUGGCAAUGUAGGAGGUUACAUUGCGGGUACGGCGCGCUUGGUGGAUAUGGUUCGAUCGUAUGCUGCCGGAUUUAUUUUUACAACCUCGCUUCCUCCGACGGUGCUUUGUGGUGCUCUUAAAGCUAUCAAUAUUUUGGCCUCCGAUGAAGGACGCGAAUUGCGAGCUCGUCAUCAGGAGAAUGUUCGCUAUCUUCGUACGAGGUUGCAACAGGAGGGAUUCCCGGUGGAGCAUACUCCGAGUCACAUCAUUCCAGUUAAGAUCGGAAACCCGGCGCAGUGCACCGAGCUAUCCGAUACGAUGAUCAAACGUUUCGGGCAUUACAUACAGGCUAUAAACUAUCCGACCGUGGCACGUGGGGAGGAAAAGCUUCGUUUAGCACCGACUCCCCAUCAUACGAAGGCGAUGAUGGAAGUAUUAGUUCGCGAUAUGAAGGUGGUCUGGAAAGACUUAGGAUUGACAUUGAGUGGACCACCGUGUACUGAGGAGUGUACAUUCUGCCGCAAACCACUGCUGUUCGAUCGCUUCGAGUCACGCACAAAGGAAAGCUGCACUGCUGAAAUCAAGUGUCAGAUUCCAAACUGCCCUCAGAUUGCCGCUAUGGCCAAUUAAGCACGACACUCCCCCGUUCUGCUGGGUGCUGGGUCUUCGCAUCAGCUACUCUAUUUCUCCAUGUCGUACUAGAUGCUCUUCGUAGAUUUUUCAUACUUGUUGGUGAAUGGUUUACAACUCCCAAAUUCUACCGCUCAGCAGCAUAUCGCAGCCAAUCAAAUGUCCACAAUAAAUCCAUAAUCUCAACGUUAUGCCGUUUGAUCCAGAGUAAUGAUUGGAACUUUUUUUUGUUUUACGCCCGUAGAGGUUCAAACAGUUCAAUGUGAUAUCAUGUUCAUGUAUUUUUUGUGUCUUUGUUGUUCGUUGUUAAUAAUAUUGUUACCUGAAUCGGAUAAAAAGAAAACAAUGAAAUUCCAAUUGGUAAAGUAUCUAUUCCCAAUUCUUGUCUAUAAAUUAAAGAAGAAAAAGCUAAAUAUUAUUGGGUUCGUCGAUAUGUUGUUGACAAUUCAAAGCGUAAGAGUAUUUCGGAAAAUAUAAAUGUAUUACAAUGCAAA